AUGGAUGCCGAGGGCCACGCGAGCAGCACGCUGCUGGAGCUGAUGAGGCGGACGGGCUACGCCUUCCAGCAGAAGAAUGGCCAGCGCAUCUUCGGCCCGCCCAGCACCUGGACGGCGGGUCCCCCCCCGAGGGGCUGCGAGGUGUUCGUGGCCAAGCUGCCGCGGUACUUGUUCGAGGACGAGCUGUUCCCGCUGUUCAGCCGCGCGGGCACGGUGUACCAGAUGCGGCUGAUGGUGGACUUCUCCGGGUCGAACCGCGGGUUCGGCUUCGUCCAGUUCUCCCGGCCCGAGGAGGCGCGCGCCGCCAUAGCGCUGCUCGACAACCACGAGGUGAGGCCGGGCAGGUUCAUCGGCGUCAUCAGGUCCAUCGACAACCGCCGCGUGUACGUGGGCAACCUGCCCAAGGAGAUGUCCAAGGCCCAGCUGGCGGACUUCUUCCGAGGGGAGGUGGAAGGGGUGGUUGACGUGAUCGUGUACCAGUCCGUGGUGAAGAAGCCCUUGAACAGGGGCUUCGUGUUCCUGGAGUUCGCGACCCACACCGACGCGGCGAUCGCGCGCAGGAAGCUCAAGCUCAUCUGCAUGGAGCCGGGCAAGCAGAUGAUAGUGGACUGGGCCAUCCCGCUCCCGGAGGUUCCGGACCACGUCAUGAGAGAGGUGAGGCCUGUCGCGGUUGCACCCGACCGCAUCGCCGCGUUCGAGACGUGUUCAUAG